GCCAGAAAAGAAAUUAACUAAACUGCUAUUUAUAGAUGCAUCAAUAAUUAAAUUCAGUAAGAGAAACCUAGUGCUUCAAGUGUUUGGGAACCCACUUUUGUAUGCAAACCAACCAUAUCCGAAAUAGCGAAGCCAUAUUGCCAGCCCAUCUACCGUACAAAGAAGCAAAGAAAAAUUACUAAACGACCUUUCUUUUAAAAAAUGGAUACUCACGCAAUUUCACUGAAAUACCCAUCAAACUCAUCACAAGUACAAAACCAACCGUGGUGACCAAAAUACUGGUUAUUCCACCAUAACCGAAAAACAUAAGAGAUUAAAAUGGGACUAUUGUUGCUUGUGGAAAUAAGUGUGACUUACCAGCUAGGAAAAUUUACCUUCUGUACCAUUCAUAAAGCUGAUAGCUUAGUGUAAAAGCUUCUACGUAAUCUGUAAGUUGUAUUGUUUUUGUAAAUAGCUUAAAUCUUGUUUGAAGUGCUAUUAUUUCUCAUGUAUGAGUGAGUCUUGGAUGUGACUCUCAAUUUAUUCCAUUUCUAAUAGGUACGAUGUCAAAAUCGACUACGAAACUUCUCCAGAUUCUUCUGCUCUCCAGUGGCUAGGACCACAGCUUACUGCUGAUCGACGUCAACCGUUCAUGUUCAGUCAGUGUCAAGCUAUUCAUGCUCGUAGUCUUCUACCUUGUCAGGAUACUCCAACUUCAAAGUUUCCUUUCGAAGCUAAGGUAACUGCUCCAAAGGAAACCGUUGUCAUCAUGGGUGCCAAACGAAUUGCAGAGCCGUUUUUGACCGAGGAUAACCACCUUACUUACCACUUCAAACAGAGUGUUCCGAUCCCCAGCUAUCUGAUCGCUAUUGCUUGUGGGGAUCUAGCUAGCAGAAAAAUUGGUCCACGUUCGUCUGUAUGGGCUGAACCCAGUAUAGUUGAUGAAGCAGCUUAUGAAUUCAGUGAAACAGAACAAAUGAUUUUAGCAGCUGAAAAUAUCUGUGGACCUUAUGUGUGGGAUAUAUAUGAUAUCUUGGUGCUACCACCAACAUUCCCCUAUGGCGGAAUGGAAAAUCCAUGUUUAACAUUUGUUUCACCAACUUUAUUGGCUGGUGAUCGAUCAUUAGCUAACGUAAUCGCUCAUGAGAUCGCUCAUUCAUGGACUGGUAAUUUAGUAACAAAUUCAAAUUGGGAGGAUUUUUGGUUAAACGAAGGACAUACUGUGUAUUUGGAACGCUUAAUUGAAGAACGUAUUCAUGGGUCGCAUAUGAGGCACCUUCAUUUAAGUUUAGGCUACAAGGAACUGUUGGAAGAAAUCAAAAAACUUGGCCCAUCGGAUCCAAUGACAAAGCUGAUUGUAGACUUGGAAGGUAUUGAUCCAGACGAAGCUUAUAGUCGAAUUCCAUAUGAAAAAGGAUCUCUUUUACUCUACUACUUAGAGACUUUAUACGGAAAAGAAUCUAUGCUGAAUUGGUUAAAAGCCUAUGUGAAACAGUUUUCUGGAAAAUCACUUAAUUCAAAUACUUGGUUGGAAUUUUUAACAAGUCAACUAGGUUCCGAUGUACUUAACCCGAAACAUCAGUUGGAUGCUUGGAUGCAUAGUCCAGGUUUACCCCCAUGGAUACCAAAGUUCGAUGCUGACGAGUUGCUUUCAGAAUGUGACAGCAUGCAAAAAUUACUUACUUCAUCUGAUCUUUGUUCAAAUGUUACUGAAAUACAAAGUUUGACUCAACUAUGGAAUAAAAUGUCACAUGUACAACGUGAAUUAACUUUACGCCACGUUGUCGACUCUGAACCAAUAAAUGUUAAUAACUUAUGCAAAAUUGAUGAAUUAUUACAGUUAUCUAAACAGAAAAAUGCUGAGAUACGAGUACAGUGGUGUCUAAUCUGCAUUGUUUCCCGUCAUUUACCUGCAUUGGGUCACAUUUUUGAAUUUUUAAACAGUCAGGGUCGUAUGAAGUACACCCGCACCAUAUAUCGCGCUUUAAGCGAAUGGCCAGAAGCUAAAGAGCGAACAAUAAACAAUUUCUAUGAACAACGUCCAUUUAUGCAUCAAACAACUGCAAUGCUGGUUGAAAGGGAUUUAAAUCUUCAUGAAAAUGGGAAACCUCUUUCUACUGCUUAAAUUCAGAUAAAUUUACAGAUAACAUGUAUAAACUUUGAUGUGCAUUAUAAUUGGUACUGUUGUUGUGUACCGAUUCAAUAUAUCAUUUCUAUGUUAUGGUAAUAAAUUAUUUCGUUUGGGUUUAUUUUUCAUAAAAUGUAAAAUUCUGUUUUUCCAUCCGAAUUAAGUAAUAAGUACAUAAAAUAAAUUUGUUGUUCUUG